UCUGGCGGCUGUGAAGAACAAUGUGAUAAUAAGAGCACAGGUUCUUAUUAAUUACAAAUUUCUCAAUCAUGAAAAAGCCAUACGAGUCGAAUAUGCGAAUAUUCGGCGCCCCGCCAGAAAAUGUUUUCAAGUCUUGCAGUUGGCAAUAUUUAAUCGGCCGUCGAAGCGGUCGAAGUUGAGAUGAGACCAGCCUGAUAUCUAACCUCUUCUCUGUUCUUGAAAUUCUUGAAAAGAAAUUUAAACGAAAACUAGGGAAAUACUAUAGUAUACAUUACGUGUAUACGUAAAUGUAUUCCCGACUCUUGUCGAAUCUUUGCGAACGAUUUUUAUAUCGUGCUUCAAACAGCGUUAGAUAUUCGAACAUUAAAACAUUGAGUCAUGUUGCGAAUAAAAAUGAGGAAAAGCAAAAAGUGGAAAUUGUUUCCACAAAAUUCCCCGAUUAUGAAGUGAUCUAUAUGCUUCCUUUUGCCAAACAAGCUUGUAGUCUAAAUGUUAUAAAAUACCGAUUUACUAUAUUUGUUGGAGUAGCCACACCAGCGAUCAUUGGACUUCAUUUGACCAGCAUCUUGUCCUAUGACGUAAUUAGUGUAUCAAUAGCAAUUGGAGUUCUAACAACAAUAUGGCUGCAUGUUCUUGGAAUUUUAUGCAACAAUCUCAUAGGAUAUGUAUACUUGAAACUAGAUGAAAAAAAAGUGAUAUUAUCUUAUAUUGACUAUUGGGGAAAGAGGAUAGACUUAAAAGUUUCUUUCAAUGAAAUUUAUCCCAUGUCGGAUAACCCAAUCAGUAUCACUGAUUCUUUAUACAAAAAGAUAAUGUUGACUUCACGAACAAAGAACUUAAAAAUAAAUAUGAAAUUUGGACAAAUAAUCGAUGUUGACAAAUUUAGAUGUAUUCUGGGAAUGGCUUAA